AUGUUAAAAUUCUUUUUUAAAAAGUAAUUAAAUAAUCUCAUUUACAUGUAACAAUCUUAAGUCGUAAAAAGAAUCCAUAUAACAGAAAAAGAGAAUCAAAUUUUCAACACAAUUAUGUAAUUUAGAAAUGACACCAAUACUUAAUCAGUUUUGAGAGUAGCAGGGGGAUGGGUCAGAGAUAAAUUAAUGGGCAAUGAAUCUCACGAUAUUGACAUCACUAUUGACAAUAUGAGUGGCGAAUAGUUUGUACUCAAAAUGAAAGACUAUUUUGAAUCUAAAAAUAUCAAAGUUAGUGGUUUUGGAGUAACUAAAUUAAACCCUGAAUAAUCAAAGCAUCUGGAAACAGCUUGCAUUAAAAUACUUGAUCAAUCUAUUGAUUUUGUUAAUCUGAGAGGAGAGACCUACACAUAAAACUCAAGAACUCCUUAAAUUGUGGUAGGUACUCCGGAAUAAGAUGCUUUUAGAAGAGAUUUAACAAUUAAUUCAAUGUUUUACAAUUUAAACACCUAAGAAAUAGAGGAUCUUACCAAAAUGGGAUUGCAAGAUCUUGAAAAUGGAAUUAUUCGAACUCCUUUAGAUCCUUACAUCACAUUUAAAGAUGAUCCUUUGAGAAUACUAAGAACAUUUAGAUUCGCUACUAGAUUUAAUUUUUAAAUUGUUGAGGAAAUCAUCAAAGUGAUAGAAUUAUAAGAUAUCAAAGAGGCAUUGCAAAAUAAAGUUAGCAGAGAAAGAAUCAGCAUUGAAAUGGAUUGGAUGCUAAAAUCUGAAAAAUGUCUUUAAGGUUUAAAAAAUUAUCAUGAACUUGGACUUUGGUGUAUAAUUUUUGAAUUGCCAAAACAAAAUCAGAACCAGUGCAAUGUAAAAGUGGAGGAUUAAGGAAAAUAUCAUUUGGAGUCAUUUAAAUAUCUAAAAACUUUACAAGAUUUAAAAUAUUUUCCUAAAUUUCCAUAAAUCCAUGGCUUCGAGAGCUAGUAAUAACUAAACUUGUAUCUAAAUCUAAGUUGCAUUUGCCUGCCUUAUUAGAAAAUAACCUAUAAAAAAGGAAAGAAUAUAGAAAGCACUAUCAUCUAUAUAUUGGCAGAGUCAUUAAAAAUGACAAGAAAGUCAACUGAUGAAAUUUAUAAUGCAUGUAGAUUGGUGGAGCAAUUCAACUAGUUAAAAAAAGAAGAACUAAUUAAUAAUUACAGAAGAAUUGUCACCUUCUUACAAGAUGCUAAACAAUAAUGGGAACUAAUUCUAUACAUAGAUUAUUUAUAAGAAUACAUAAAUGAUCCAUAGGCGACACCUCAAUUGAAUGAGAAAUUUUAAAAUUUCGUCUAUUCAUAAAAUUUAUAAGAAUUUUAUAAUGCAAAAGCAUUGAUAGAUGGCAAUGAAAUAAAGUAAAUUUGGAAAGUAGAAGCAAAAUAAAUAAAGGAUGUGAAAUAAAAUAUUUUGAUUUGGCAGGCUAUGAAUCCAAAUGGAACUAGGGAAGAUAUAUUAAAAGUUAUUGAAUAGAAUAAAGAAUAAUUUUUGAAUAACUAAUGA